CCAAUCCGGAGCUCGCCCCUCAGCGCGGGAGGGCCCUGGGCGGCCGCCGACGACCGGGCGGAGCCGGGGGCAGAACUCAGAGCUCUCCGAAGGGACGGUCCCGCCGCCUGCCGCCCGCUGCCCGCCGCCCGCCGGGGGCUCUCCUGCCUCGCCAUGCCACCGUGGGGCGCCGCCCUCGCCCUGCUCUUGGCCGCGCUCGCCCUGCUUGGCCUGCUGGCCCCGCGUCUGCGACGCUCCGGCAGGCGCGCCGUCGGAGUAAAGACCCUGCCGGGGGCACGGGGCCAGGACGACGACGAGGAGGUGGACGGUGGAGGCCCCACGGACCAGUUCAGCGACGGGCGGGAGCCGCUGCCCGGUGGAUGCUGUCUCAUCUGCAAGCCGUCGGCGCUGGCCCAGUGUCUGCUGCGCGCCCUGCGGCGCUCGGCGGCCCUGAAGCCAGGCCCGCGCUCCUGGCUCUCCGGACCCCACCUGCAGACCCUUUGCCACUUCAUUCUGCCCGUGGGGCCGGGACCUGAGCUGGCCCGGGAGUACCUGCAGUUGGCGGACGACGGGCUGGUGGCGCUGGACUGGGUGGUGGGACCUUGCACCCGGGGCCGUCGGGUCACCAACGCCGGGGGCCUUCCGGCGGUGCUGCUGGUAAUCCCCAAUGCGUGGGGGCGCCUGACCCGCAACGUGCUGGGUCUCUGCAUGCUCGCCCUGGAGCGCGGCUACUACCCGGUCAUCUUUCACCGCCGCGGCCACUACGGCUGCCCGCUGGUCAGCCCCCGACUGCAGUCUUUUGGAGACCCGUCCGACCUCAAGGAGGCGGUCACUUAUAUUCGCUUCCGACACCCGGCGGCCCCUCUGUUCGCGGUGAGCGAGGGCUCGGGCUCGGCACUGCUGCUCUCCUACCUGGGCGAGUGCGGCUCCUCCAGCUACGUGACGGGCGCCGCCUGCGUCUCGCCGGUACUACGCUGCCGCGAGUGGUUCGAGGCCGGCCUGCCCUGGCCCUACGAGCGAGGCUUUCUGCUCCAGCAGAAGAUCGCCCUCGGCAGGGCAAACCCUACAACAGAGGAAACGCUGCCAUGGCAACCCAGAGCCCACUCAGUGCAGGGGCAACAUGCUGUCAUCUGGCUUAAUUGCCAUAGUUUCCAUCCCAAAAUGGCCACUACCAACGCUGACCUGGGCACCAGCUGGAGGUUAAGGUAUGCCACGGCCCUAGAGGAGACCGUGGACACGGACAAACUGUUCAGGAGCCACUCCCUACGAGAGUUUGAGGAGACCCUCUUCUGCCACACCAAGAGCUUCCCCCUUAGCUGGGACACCUACUGGGACCGCAACGACCCGCUCCGGGACGUGGACGAGGUGGCCGUGCCCGUGCUGUGUAUCUGCAGUGCCGACGACCCUGUGUGUGGGCCCCCAGACCACACUCUGCCCACGGAACUCUUCCACAGCAACCCCUACUUCUUCCUCCUGCUCAGUCGCCACGGAGGCCACUGCGGCUUCCUGCGCCACCAGCCCUUGCCUGCCUGGAGCCACGAGGUCAUCUUGGAGAACUUCCGGGCCUUGGCUGAGUUCUUCCGGACAGAAGAGAGGAUGAAAGGGCUGAGCAGGCGCCGAGCUUCAUUCUUGGGGGGCCGACGUCGGUGGGGACCCCUGCAGAAACGGGAGGUUUCUCCCUCUUCCAAUCUGGAGGGGAUCUUUAACUGGAAGCGAUCAUAUACAAGGUGAGAGUUGGCCUGAGCACCCAAUCCCGUAAAGAAGAACAGAGCUGGGCAGCAGUGAGUCCCAAAAAGAUGGAGAAGACGGCUCCAUUUCUUUGUUCCUGAUUCAGCCCCCUCUAUCCUAAACCGGUCUGUGGAAAGUGAUGGAACUUCCAGCCAGCCAAGGCGGAUUUAUUCAGAGCAGAGCUCCUGCCCACCACAUCCUUGCUCAGUCUGCUCAGCAGUGACUGGCAGCCCGGUCACUGUCUGCUGUCACCAAUCUCAUAAGCCAGAGAAUAGUACUGUUGAAGUCCAUGGACUCACUACCAGGGAAGAUGAGUGUAUGCAUCACUAGGCAGCUCUGUGACCCUGAUUCUCAAGCUGGAGCCACUUGAUGUAGUAAGGACAGGAUGUUUGUGUCUCGGUCCCACUUCCCUCGUUUCGCUCUGUGGUCGUGGCGCCCUGCUCUGACUUGCAUGCAUCAGCAGCAGGGACGCAGCUCACAGAGUUGCCUGGCUGUUUCAGUCUUGUGCGAGUGUGAGAAAGGCGGCAGGACAUGCAGUACUGAGCCUGGGUGGAGACGGCUGACGAGGGAGCGUGAAUCUCUGGAAUAUCACAAUCUGGUUCCUUCAGAGAAGCUCUGCAAGCUCAGUUGGGAAGGGGGCUGAUCCAGCCUUGGGCCAAGGACCUCAGGCCUCCCUGGAGAGAUCCCAGGGUGAUUUUAGGCAUAGGAAGUCCUCUUACGCAGGGCCCUGCUAUACUGUGGCUCAACAAACCAGACUGACUCCCAGGCACUGUAGAUGUUCCUUCCAGUACUGUUUCAGGGGAUUACUCUGGAGAGCCUGGCCAGAACUGUUUUUCUGCUGGGGUAUGGGCCUUCUCUAAGUCGGUGAAAAAUACAAACCUCAUAACUUGGGUGUUUUCUGGUUAGUUACUGUCUUUUCUGACAAUACUACUAGCCUCUCCCUUUCCAGAGUCAGAAGGGACAUCUGGGACCAGAGAAAACAAAAGCACCAAAAGGUUGGCUAGAGCCAACUCGGUGAUUUAUGAAUAUUUCAAGUUACCAUGUUUUUUCUGCUCGAUUAUUCAAAAGGCCAUCCAUGUAGAUGCAGACAAGCUCUUUUUCUGGAUCUGGCCACUCAGCAUCUGAGUGGGUGUUUGAUUUUAUGGGAAAUAAUGCUGAAGACCGGUAUAAAAUAAAGCAUAGUGUACAGAUUAAGCCACACAUCCUAUUUGGAUUAGGCCAUUAAUACAAUAGGACAUCCAUGUGACCAUGUUGCUAAGAUUCAGAAGCUUUGCCCUGAAGUAUUAUUUUAAUUUGACAUUGAGAAAGAGAGCACCUGUUUUGACAGGACUCUCCAUCCUGGCUUCACAAACAGUAGCAAAACAAUUUUAAGGAGAAAUGUUUACCAAAAGCCACAAGCCAAGACUUGGGAUGAGAUAUUCCUGGGGCUACGAUUUUAGGUUUGGACAGUCAUAUCCCAACCUUGUUCUUGUAGGUCAAAUAAGAAGAAACACUGAAUUAACUCCAAGACUAAAAUGAAAUACAGACAAUACACAGUUGCUUAAGGCAUAUUAUCCUGUUUUGAAAAAAUUAUCUCCCUUCUUCCUCACUUCUUGCUCCUCCUCUUCCACAUUCCUCAUCCAUCAUCCUUUUGCCAUUUCUGACCAGGAGAAAUAAAAAGGAAUGAAAUCUAAAUGAAGCUGUUCUGUGAACAACAUCCUUGGUAUAUGUCUUAGUGAGAGAAUUACUGGCCUCUGGCCAUCCACACAGAAUCCGGUACAGUGGGGACUGCAAUUAUUUAGGGUUCCCCCAUAUUUCUAGGACCACUCAGAACUGGUUGAAAAAUGGGAAGCAGCUCAGUGGUUUUUAAAACCCCCAGGGUUUAAAGAGCCCCUAAGGGCUAAAGUGGAUUGUUUCUCUAGGCCAGAUAGAGAUUGGUUCUUUAAGAUAGUCUCUUUUGGAGACAUAGUGAUUGGUUUUCCUUUCCCUUUUUAUAGGAAAGAAAGCUAGCCAGGGAGGGGAGUGUGUGUGUGUGUGUAGUAUAUAUAUUGUUGUAAUCUCAGUCUUAAAGCUCUCAUUAAGGUAGCAUAGCUCUAGUUCAGGCUCCAUCAAUUCCAUGGGACUAUGAACCCAAAGAACUGACCUAAAUCCUAAGAUCUUCUCCAUGUCCCUCACAUCAUUCCCUCAUGCCAGGUAUGUUCUUAGUUUAUCUCAGGAAACUGCUUCUCUCUUAUCUUGCCAUCACUGCUAGACAGCUAGGGCUGAAAAGCCCAUUAUUUGCUAAGAAAGUGUGGUACCUGUUCAAGCAGGUAAGGUUUGGUGACCCUAUCCUUCAGUUCAAAGAUGAAGAAUCACCCAGAAUGGCUCUGCUUUUGUAAAUAAUCAUGUGAAAGCAGUGGAGCAGCUCCAGGCAGUCUGUUCUGAGCAGAUGUGUGGCCCCUGAAGGAAAUGACAAGUUAGGAGUUUGAGGAAGCAACAAAACAAUAGAACCUAGGAAGUACCAUAGAAUUGGAGUUUUCCAGGUGGUGGCUCUUCAGUGAUCCUCUCACUUGCUUGCGUCCUUUUGGUCCCUUCAUUAUUGAUAAAAAAAAUCCUUCAGAUGGUAAGGGAAAACAAAAUGAUUUAAAGGAGGCAUCAUCUCAGAAGUAGAGACUGAGUCCUCUGUCCCCACCCAGUGGCUUGGAAAAUUCACAACCAGAUGGAUCAGAAUGUAGAAAGCAGACAACUGCCUCUGAAGGUUUCUUUGUGUUAGGUUCUUUGCAGUAAGCUAAUUCUCAUAAAGAUUUAGUGUUUUAUGUAUUUAUUCAUAGGUUUCCAGGGUAGCCUGACUAGAGAUUACAGUAUGAAAAACAAAGCACUAAAUCUUCCCUUUGAGGAGACAUCAUCUCUUUUGAGAGAAGAAAUCCUUUCUAAGACUUGAGACUUAAAAACUGUUAGAAAAGAGGUCUUGACACAGGAAGUAUCAUCUUGGCUUUAUAUAUAACCUCAAAACCACCCAAGAGUCAAAAGCUCCUCUGUAUUCCUCUUCCAUCCGGACCACGAGAUCCUCUGUCAGUCAGUAAUGCCACCGUAUCUUCCUUUAGAGAUGAAUUUUAGCUCUCCCUGCUUAAGCAAGCAGAUACACUUGGGCACUUUGGUGGACUUAGUGACAAUGCCAAUAAGGAAUAUUUGUGACUUUAAGGCCAAGCCACAAACACAUCAGAAAUUGUUUCUGCUAGUUAUCACAAUUGGCAGAGGUAACAUUGCUUUUAGGAAGGUUUGAGAAAUUAUAGAUAGGCAUCCAAGGUUGGAAGCAGUAAGCCCCAUAUCAUUGGUGGGAUUCAAGCUCUACUGCCACUUAGCAUGGAGAAAUGAGGGUGACUUCACCUGAGAGUCUCUGAAUUGAAAUAAAUACUGCUAAUAAGCUCAGUGGGUUAUAAAGACUUCUGGUUGGUUUAUGGGCUUGCUGAUCAGAAGACCACAGACUUGACCAGGAUUCUGGGAGUUGGGAGAUAUAAAGAUUUUAAUGAA